GACAAAUUGAUGUAAAGCUAUUUGGGUUUGAAUGAGUCAUCCACAGUAUUGUUGGUGUGGUUGCCAUCAUCCUUUGAAUACACAGACCUUGCUUAGCAGCCGUCACAGAUGUCAUACAUAUAAAGAACAGAUCCGAUUCCCCUCCCUUUCAGUAAGCCAUUCAACUCGUCUCAACAAGUUGGGUAAAAGUUCCUUCAUGACGGGCCUACAAGAAAGACCUUCUUGUACUUCCGUUCCUCACUUAAACCCAGUUUCCGUCCAUGCUUCGAUUGGUGUCGACCAAUCAACUCAAGUGCCUUCGACAACUUCAACUCGACAGGGAGGUCAUUGGCAAGUCCACAAGUUUGGUGGAUCGUCACUGGAGAAUGUCGAGUGUUUUGAAAGAGUCUCUGGUUUGUUACAAGAGAAAAUGGUGGAGUCAAGUGUCUCAUAUGUUACCAAUAGAAGCAAGAAACAACACUUACAAACUUCAGACAACUCUCAACAGAGAUUGUUCAUAGUCGUUUCUGCAGUACGGGGUGUAACCAAUAUUUUAGAACGCCUCAUCUAUUCAGCAAUUGCUAGAAACAAAGAUUUGCACUAUCUGGAAGGCAUAGAAGAACUGAGAGAUAUUCAUGAAAACUUGGUCGAAAGACUACUUCCUGCAGAAGAACGACAUUCUCUUCUGGCUACUUUAUCUUCCAACCUUCGGGACUUGAGAGAUCUUUUACGUGCUGUAUGGAUUGCGAGGUCGGCAAGUGUCAGAAUCAGGGACCUUAUUAUGGGUUAUGGUGAAUUAUGGUGUGCGCAACUGGUUUGGGCACUUUUGCGAUCGAAAGGAGUCCAAUGUUCCUUUUUGGACGCAAGAGACGUUUUGAUUACUCGGACAGCGAGUAUAACUUCCAAUCGCAAUGAAUUUCUUGUUGACGAGUUAACGCUAUCUGACCUCGGUAAUGGAAAUGGAAUGGAGACGAUAGAACCCAAGAAGAGGUUGGACAAGUUGACAGCGGAUUCGAAAACGAGUAAAAAGAUGGUUGCGCAACCUAGAAAGAUCAUUGAUUGGGAUAUUUCCAAGUCUCGUUUGGACUCUUGGCUGAGACAAAAUCCUACUCAAGUGGUUGUGGCUACUGGUUAUAUCGCCUGUGAUGCAGAUGGAGUACCUACAACACUUGGUCGCAAUGGCUCUGAUUUUUCUGCUUCAGUGUUUGGAAGAAUACUUGAAGCUGAAUCAAUAACUAUAUGGACAGAUGUUGAUGGAGUUUAUUCAGCGGAUCCGAGAGUUGUUCCUGAUGCGGUAGUUAUUCCUUUUCUGUCUUAUAAGGAAGCAGCAGAAUUGGCUUACUUUGGUGCCGAUGUUCUGCACCCGGAUACCAUGUCUCCUGCUAUUGUUUCAUCGAUUCCUAUACGAAUUAGAAAUACGUUUCGCCCUCAUGCUGAAGGAACUUUAAUCGGUAACAUAGUCUCUGAAAGUUCACUACCCAUUCCCUCUUCUCCAUCUAACGUAUCUCCUGCGACGGCAAGUGCCAAAGCCAAUGUGAAGAAUUCUCGAGGUGUCAAAGGUUUUAGUACAGUAAAAGAUAUUGCAUUGGUGAAUGUGGAAGGUACUGGUAUGAUUGGAGUGCCUGGAAUUGCUUCAAGGCUAUUUGGAGCUUUGUAUUCUGCUGGUCUAUCAGUUAUUAUGAUUGCUCAAGCUAGUUCGGAAUAUUCAAUCUGCUCUGUAGUUCCAGGAACACAGGCAGACUUGGCUGUUGAAGCAGUUCGAUAUGCUUUUCGUACAGAAUUGGCAGAAGGACUUGUCUCUUCUGUGGAUACUUUGCGAAAUUGUUCCAUUCUGGCAGUAGUUGGAGAAAAUAUGCAGGAAGUUCCAGGAGUUUCGUCAAGGCUCUUUGGUUCGCUUUCAAGAGUAGGCGUUAGUGUUCGAGCAGUUGCACAGGGCUCAUCUGAACAUAACAUUUCCAUCGUCGUGGAUAGUAAAGACGAAAGUCGAGCUUUAAGGGCAUCUCAUGCAGCAUUUUAUCUUUCCGACCAAACCUUGUCUGUGGGAAUAUUGGGAACCGGAACUGUGGGAGGUACACUUAUCAACCAAAUCAGACAACAGGUUGUGUCGCUUCGACAAGAGUUUGGAGUUGAUAUUCGUAUACGAGGAAUUGCCAACUCCAGAAAGAUGUUAUUAAUGGACUCGCUACAAGAUACAGUGGAUUGGAGUGCGGAGUUGGAAGAAGAACAACAAAAUUGUAAUUUGGAUAUGUUUGCGAAACAUAUACAAGAUACUUCUAUUCCACAUGCAGUUAUUUGUGACUGUACUGCAUCGGACGUCGUUACUGAGAAAUAUGCCGAUUGGUUGGCUCAAGGAAUUCAUUUAGUAACCGCCAAUAAAAAGGCCAACUCGGGGUCAAUGCAGCGUUAUAUUCGUCUAAGAGAAGCACAACGAGCAGCCAAUUCGCAUUUUUUAUACGAAGCGAAUGUAGGAGCAGGAUUGCCAGUAAUAUCAUCUCUUCGAGAUUUGAUUCGAACAGGCGAUAAAUUGAAAGAAGUUGAAGGCAUCUUUUCAGGAACUUUGAGUUAUAUAUUUAAUGAAUUUGAUGGAAGUGAAUCGUUUUCAACAGUAGUGACACGUGCAAAGGACAAAGGGUACACCGAACCGGAUCCCCGUGAUGACUUGUCUGGAAUGGAUGUUGCACGAAAGAUCGUUAUUCUCGCUCGUGAAAUUGGGCUGCAUUUCGAGUUGAGUGACUUGCAAGUAGAGUCUCUGGUGCCUGAAGACUUGAGAGCAGAUAAGGGAGUUAAUGUUGAGACUUUUCUACGCCGUCUUCCUGAAUACGACGAUGAGUUGGGACAAUUGGCUCUUCAAGCCAAAGAGAAUAACCAAGUGUUGAGAUAUGUGGGAGUUGUUUCGGUCGAACAACAAAGUUGCCGAGUGGAGCUUCGUCGCUAUGAUCAAGUUCAUCCGUUCGGACGCCUCAAAGGCUCAGAUAAUAUCAUUUCUUUUCGUACUUGGCGAUAUGAUAAUCAGCCUUUGGUUGUCCAAGGUCCUGGAGCUGGGGCAGAUGUGACAGCUGGAGGAGUUUUCGCAGAUUUACUGAGACUGGCUUCCUAUCUAGGGGCUCCAAGUAGUCCUAUGGAAGAUUUCUCUUUUUAAUUUCGUCAAGUAAAAGUAGCCUAAAUUAAGAAAACUUUUUCUCAAAGACAGUGGUGGUCAAUAGUAAAAGUGUUGGAAUAUUGUGCAACUUUG